CAAGAGACAGGGCCUACUUGACAGUCAGAUGAUAAGUGUAUCAAUAUUUUCUUUAUUUCUCUAAGAUCAUUGGACUUUGGGGUAGUUUAUUGAAUAAUUCAUUUCCAUAUAUUGCAGCAGCCAAAGGCAGAGGAAUUAUGCCAUUGUUCAGUAGCGCAUUGACUCUUCCCGAGCGACGUGCUCCUAUUAUAGCGCAGGUUGGAGAGGCGUGGGCUACUACCGAUCCCCUAUGAGUGAGGCUUUGAUGUUCGCACAGACGGGCUCUUUACCAGUGUGUUCCGCUGCUAUAGGCUACGCAUGAAUGGCAUUCGCUAUUGGUGGCUGUGCGUACAUAUAGAGGAGCGCUAGCGCGGGAUAAGGGUUGGCGCCUGAGGUUCAUAUUUUCAACUUUUUACGGAAUGAAAUAUCAGUCAACCCGGCUGUACAUUUCGCUCGGACAUGAUGGAUUUAUGACAAACAGCAUGCCUUUUCUGAUGGAGUUGGAUUGACGAUUGACUCAUUUCAGCGUCCAUGCGUGUUAUAUUUGUAGAUAUGUGUUUUAUCCCUUAUUCUAGAGCUGAUGUUGUAGGACAAGUUUCGGACACCAAAAUGUGUUUAUUUUUUAUUUUCAUAUUAUCAACUUUAGAAAUAUGUCAGUCGCUGGCCCCUCGGAACGUUUAUACAAAUCACUGGGCAGUGCGUAUUGCAGGGGGACAAGAAGAAGCGGAUAAACUUGCUGCUAAAUAUGGUUAUAAUAAUUAUGGACAGAUCGGGAGUCUGGAGGACCAUUACCAUUUCCACCACAGCAGAGUGGUGCGCAGAGCAGCUUUCUCCACUAGGGGCGCUCACUCCUUCAUCCAGAUGGACCCGAAGGUUGACUGGGUUCAACAGCAGCUAGUGAAGCAGAGAGUAAAGAGAUACAUCAAAAGCGACACCCGAAGCCCUGACCCCAACUUCGUCCACUUCAACGACCCCAAAUGGUCCAACAUGUGGUAUAUUCACUGUACGGACAAGAACAAUCGCUGUCGGUCAGAGAUGAACAUUCUGGCAGCGUGGCAGAGAGGCUACACGGGCAAGAACGUGGUGGUCACCAUCCUGGAUGACGGCAUCGAGAGGAACCACCCUGACCUGGCACAGAACUAUGACCAGCUGGCGAGUUAUGAUGUCAACGGGAACGACCAUGAUCCAACUCCUCGUUAUGAUUCUAGCAACGAGAACAAACAUGGGACGCGCUGUGCCGGUGAGGUUGCAGCUGUGGCCAAUAACUCCCACUGCAUUGUGGGAAUUGCAUACAACGCACGCAUUGGAGGUAUUCGUAUGCUGGAUGGUGAUGUGACAGAUGUAGUAGAGGCUAAGUCCCUUGGUAUCAGACCUGACUACAUAGACAUCUACAGCGCCAGCUGGGGACCUGACGACGAUGGAAAGACUGUGGACGGACCAGGGCCUCUGGCCAAACAGGCCUUGGAGAUGGGCAUCAAAAAGGGCCGGAAGGGUCUGGGAUCCAUCUUUGUUUGGGCGUCGGGGAACGGCGGUCGCCAGGGCGACCACUGUUCGUGUGACGGCUACACCAACAGCAUCUACACCAUCUCCAUCUCCAGCACCACAGAGAACGGCAACAAGCCCUGGUACCUGGAGGUCUGCUCCUCCACACUGGCCACCACCUACAGCAGCGGGGAGUUCUAUGACAGGAAGAUAGUGACCACAGACCUGCGGCAGCGCUGUACUGAUGGUCACACUGGCACCUCUGUGUCGGCUCCCAUGGUGGCUGGGGUCAUCGCUCUCGCUCUGGAGGCCAACCCAUUGGUCAGCUGGAGAGAUAUCCAGCACCUGCUGGUCAAGACGUCCAGGCCUGUCCACCUGAAGGCCAAUGACUGGAAGACCAACGCAGCCGGACACAGAGUGAGCCACCUGUAUGGCUUUGGGCUGGUGGAUGCGGAGGGUAUGGUGGUGGAGGCUAAGAAGUGGAGGAGUGUUCCUACCCAGCACACCUGUACUAGGAUGUCUGAACGACGUACCAGGUACAUCCGUGCAGACCAGAGCCUGAACAGCACCAUCACUAGCACAGGGUGUACGGAGCAGGCAGAGCAGCAUGUGAGCUACGUAGAACAUGUGGUGGUCAAGGUACUGAUUGUCCAUCCACGGCGAGGAGAUCUGGAGAUCAGCCUCAUAUCACCCUCAGGAACACGCUCACAGCUACUGGCCAAGAGGUUGUUUGAUAACUCUAAUGAAGGUUUUAGGAACUGGGAGUUCAUGACUGUUCACUGCUGGGGGGAGAGGACAGAGGGCCAGUGGAUCCUGGAGAUCAUAGACUCUCCCUCAUCGCUACGCAACCCAGAGGUGCUGGGUAAACUGAAAGAGUGGACGCUGGUCCUUUAUGGCACCUCGGGGCACCCGUACCAGUCUCACGGGGCCCAGCACUCUCGCUCCAGGAUGCUUGAGAUCCCAACCCCCAGCCGGGACCCCAACGGGCCUGAACCGCCCCCAGAGGUCCUCAAGCACCAGGAGGAGGAAGAGGAGGAGUACAGCGGGCCGUGCCACAGUGAGUGUGGGGACCAGGGCUGUGACGGGACAGAUCCUGAACACUGUCUGAACUGUAUCCACUACAGCCUGGGCAGCCUCAAGACAGGCAGGACGUGUGUGAGCCACUGUCCGCUGGGCUUCUACGAUAACUUGGAGGCCAGGAGGUGUCGACGCUGUUACAAGGGCUGUGAGAGGUGUGUGGGACGCACCCCCACCGAGUGUCGCUCCUGUCGCAGGGGGCUCUACUUCAACCCCCUCAACACUACCUGCUCUGAGACCUGCCCUGCUGGGUACUUCGCUGACGACAUUCAGAGGAAGUGUCUGAGGUGUCAUGAGAACUGUAUGAAGUGUCUGCGGGACUCAGACAGGUGUACUGCCUGUAACGACGGCUACAGUCUGGCGGGGAUGACCUGUGUUCCGGAGUGUGCCAACGGAACCUUCUUUCAUCUGGAGGAGAUGAAGUGUAGUCCCUGUCACACCUCCUGCUCUACCUGCACAGGUCAGUGUCCCUGUCACACCUCCUGCUCUACCUGCACAGGUCAGUGUCCCUGUCACACCUCCUGCUCUACCUGCACAGGUCAGUGUCCCUGUCACACCUCCUGCUCUACCUGCACAGGUCAGUGUCCCUGUCACACCUCCUGCUCUACCUGCACAGGUCAGUGUCCCUGUCACACCUCCUGCUCUACCUGCACAGGUCAGUGUCCCUGUCACACCUCCUGCUCUACCUGCACAGGUCAGUGUCCCUGUCACACCUCCUGCUCUACCUGCACAGGUCAGUGUCCCUGUCACACCUCCUGCUCUACCUGCACAGGUCAGUGUCCCUGUCACACCUGCUCUACCUGCACAGGUCAGUGUCCCUGUCAUACCUCCUGCUCUACGUGCACAGGUCAGUGUCCCUGUCACACCUCCUGCUCUACCUGCACAGGUCAGUGUCCCUGUCACACCUCCUGCUCUACCUGCACAGGUCAGUGUCCCUGUCACACCUCCUUCUCUACCUGCACAGGUCAGUGUCCCAGUCACACCUGCUCUACCUACACAGGUCAGUGUCCCUGUCACACCUCCUGCUCUACCUGCACAGGUCAGUGUCCCAGUCACACCUCCUGCUCUACCUGCACAGGUCCAGGUAAGGAGGAGUGUAUCCAGUGUGCCAGAGAUCACCUGCAGCAAGAGUGGAGGUGUGUUCAGACCUGCGCCCCAGGAUACUACUCAACAGAGGAUGCUGGCUACCACCAGGGGAUGUGUCACAAGUGUGAGGAGAAUUGCCUGAGUUGCGACGGCCCCGGGACGACCUGCGUCAAGUGCAAAGACAGCUACAACCUCGUCAGCAGGACGUGCAUCGUGAACGCCACCUGUAACAAUGCCGACGAGGUGUUUUGUGAGAUGGUAAAGUCCAACCGGCUGUGUGAGAAGAAGCUGUUCCGCCAGUUCUGCUGCAGAACCUGUCUGAUGACCGGUUGAGAAUCCUAGUAGAGAACCUGAAGAGUGGAACCUGGAGAGGAACCCUGCGUGGAACCCACCACUUCCUCAUCUGCUGUACAUUUACAAACUAGCUAAUGUCUGUGUCUGAAUGAAAAGAAAGAAUGAAUAGGCCUUCACCAGGGUUGGGGGUCAAUUCCAUUUCCCUCAAUGCGUUCCCGAAUCCGCUGAAUUGAAAUGGAAUUGACCCCAACCCUGGAACACACACUAUUCCUCCCAUCAAUUUUACCCCGCAAAGGGUAGACUUGAUUUUCAUACGAUAUAUACAGUAUUUUAAAGUUGUCUUUUUUAUUAAAAAAACUAUAUACAGUAUGUAACAUGUAUAUUUUUUAUUCUAAUGCUGCAUUGUUGUAAAGUACAGUACUUUUUACGACUACACAUGUUAGUCGAUAACUCUCUGAUUGAACCACUAUUUUUUGGAAGUGAAUUGGUCACCUGAAUAGUAUGAGCUGGUUGAUAAAGAAACAGCAUCACUCAAAAUGGGGAUCGUAUUAUAAGGCACCAAAUGGAACAAGACAAACUGAAACAUGAAGGGACUACUUGAACUUUUCUGUUUUCUGUUGUGUGCCCUACCGAAUACGACCCGGAUCAACUUUUUCAUACUUAAGAUACAAACUUCCUCACAUUUUUUUUUUAUACUGUAUAAGGCUUUUCGUUUUUUUUAUAAAGAAAUAUGUAAAACAAUGAAUUACUGUAAUUGUAUUUACAUUUUAGCAGACACUAUUAUUCAGAGUGACUAGUGAGUGCAUACAUUUUCUCAUACUGGUCCCCGUGGGAAUCACACCCACAACCCUGGCAUUGCAAGCACCAUGCUCUACCAACUGAGCUACAUGGGACUAUUACUGAAUACUGUACAAUUCUUGUAUACUGUACCAUUUCAAAUGCUGUUGUACAUUUUAGAAUGUGUAUUUGAUGUUUUUAUCGUUUGUUUUUAUGUAUUAAAUAAAAUACGUAAAUUGUG